GAAUCAAAGUCUUAAAAAUAGAAACUUGGGGGAGCCUGAUUUGUUUAUAAGUGUGUGGUAGCUACAGCAGCAGAAGAGAAACAAGCAUUGAAUGAAGAGUACUUAAAACAAAAGAUUAAUUGAGAGAAAUAGAAGAAUGGAGGGGUCAUCAAUGAAGGAAGAAGAGAGGACAAUGACUUUCUUCUUUUACCAUCCAUGCUCUUUUCUUGUAGAAGCACUUAGGACCCUCUUCAAGUGUCUAGGAUUUGAGAGUACUGAAACCAACACAUGUUCUUCACAGGUCAAAGAAAAUGAAACCUCACUUUCCAAACCGGCUUCAGGUGCAUGUCCAGUUGUGGACUCGGCAAAUUACUCUCCAGACAGCAGCAAGAAAAGUUCCCAAGAAGCUGCAGAUCAACCAAUCACAACUACUGAAAGCCUUAAUGCAAGUUCAAUGCAAGGAGGUGGUCAUCGAAGAAGGUCUGGUUCUAGCAAAGGGUCACCCCCUCAGCAUAAUAAGCAUGAACUCAAAAUACCAUCACCAUGACUCUACUCUUGGUUAUUACUUCAAUUUCUCAUGUGUUAGAAUAUCUAUAAGGUGUGGUAUUGGAAGUUCAGGACUUAAUGGCAAGUCUUCUCAGAAUAAACAUGUAAACAUAUAUAAGCUAGUUUCUCUAAGCUAUUUUCAACCUUUCUUCCCAAUUUUUUUCCUCUUUGCCAUCUUGUGAUAGAGUUUUGUAUGUGUGUGGGAAUUGGCUACUUACCCAUAUAUGUUAUAUAGGGAGCCUUGCUUGUAUAUCAAUUUAUCAAUGAAGUUCUAUAUGUCCAACAAGAGUUUUUUCUUUUUCUAA